AUGCUUCUCAGCCAGGACGACGAGACAAUCCAAGCGGGACACAACCAGGCGGCCUCCCACGCCAGGCCCGACCCCAACGAAGAUGGGGGUGCUCGCCUGUACACGUCCACCCCGCAGCCUCCCUUUGCCGCCCAACCCCCGCAGAAAGUAGUGUCACACGACAGCCCCCCAGGCCGGGAUCCCGAACGCUCUACAUGGGCGGCCAGUGCCGAUGCCGACGAAGAGGGCGAGGACGAUAACGUGGCGAGCGAGAUGGAAUCGCCUAUCGAAGGCCCCACCGGUGCCAACCACGUCAAGUCUCAGAGCCAGCGUCCGCAGUUUGAGCGGCAGUGUGCUCGCACAAUCCAACUCUUCAACCUCGCGGACGGCACGACACAUGCCGAUAUCACGAAUGCCGUGCGUGGCGGCAUGCUUCUGGAUGUCUUUCUGCGGAGCCACGACCGCUCUGCUACCGUUUCUUUCGUCCACUCGGCGGAGGCCAAGAAGUUCUACGAUCACGUCCGCCGGCACGACUUGUACAUCAGGAACAAGCGAGUCGAGAUCAAGUGGAGCGACCGUCAGUUCCUCCUCCCGGGUCAUGUGGCAAACAAGAUCAGCAUGGGCGCCAGCCGCAAUCUGGUGCUUGUCGGGUACGACAGCCGACAUACCGAGGAGAUCAUCCGCGAGGAUCUCGAUCACAUCCACAACUUAGUUGUGAUCAAGGUUGAGUUCAACCGCGGCAACUGCUACAUCAGCCUGAACUCGGUCCACAAUGCCAUCUACGCGCGUCAGUGCAUGAUGAGUCGCCUGAGAUACAAGGGCAAGAAGAUCAACUACGACGUCGAUGAGUGUGCUCAGCCGUACCCUCAGCCGGCACCGAAGGUCCGGAAGGAGACUGCUCCGCCCAAGAAGCCCUUCUCGGCGGUCCCCAACCGUUUCCAACUUCUGAAUCUCGAUGAUGGUGAGGAGGAUGAGAUUGCGCCGGCUUUCCAAUCCGAGAACUUGGUAGACAUCGCCGCCUAG